UCAGUACUCACAGGCACGCAAAGGACGAUUUAGGCUAAUUAGUAGUAUGUACUACUAAUGUACAUCCAACUAGUACUAGUAUGCGGAUCCAUCAAAUGCCGUCCUCUGUCAGGAACAUUGGUCCAUUAAUCAACCAAUCAUAUUACUGCUUUCGAGAGCAUGCUUAUCUGAUUGCCUGAUUCGUAGGGCAUCACCGGCUGGAGGUUCCACAAUGCGCGGUUGAUACCUGAGGAUAUAGGCAGCAAGAACCCCCACCAAUUCAGAGUCUGCGGUGCUCCGAUUUCGUUCAUUGCUCCGGCCCAACUCGCCCCAUCCCUGCGAAACACCCACUGAGUCAUUUUACGCCGUGUAGGACCUCAUAUAUUGCCUGCACUGACUUAAUCUUCUUUCAUACUCUCAUAUACUGUACAAUCUGCCCGCUACACUCCCUCCCAUCCCUUCCAAUCCCUCCAACAAUUACCCCGCGCGGUUGAUCGUCACUAUGGAUCUCGUUAAUCACCUCGAAGGAAGACUCCUUUUCGCCGUCCCUAAAAAGGGUCGGCUCCAACAGGCAACCUUGGACCUCCUUGCCGGCGUUGACAUUCAAUUCCGUCGCGAAACCCGCCUCGAUAUCGCCCUUGUGAAGAACCUCCCCAUUGCCCUCAUCUUCCUCCCCGCCGCAGAUAUUCCCACCUUCGUCGGCGAAGGUCGCGUCGACCUCGGUAUCACCGGUCGUGACCAAGUCGCUGAGCACGAUGCGCAGAUGGCGAACGGUGAGAUCUCUGGCGUGGAGGAGAUCAUGGACCUUGGUUUCGGAGGCUGCAAGCUGCAGGUGCAAGUUCCGGAGAAGGGUGACAUCACCGAGGCGAAGCAAUUGGUUGGCCGCAACGUGGUUACCAGCUUCACGGCCCUCACCGAGGCCUUCUUCGCUAAGCUUGAGGGUGUUGACGAUACCAGCAAGCUCUCUACCAAGAUCAAGUAUGUUGGUGGCAGUGUUGAGGCUGCUUGCGCAUUGGGUGUCGCUGAUGGAAUUGUCGACCUUGUUGAGUCUGGUGAAACCAUGAAGGCUGCUGGUCUCAAGGCCAUCGAUACCGUUGUCGAGAGUACCUCUGUUCUCGUCAAGUCCCGGAAGGCCCAGAGCCCUCUUGUCGAACUCAUCACCUCUCGUAUCCGUGGUGUCAUCACCGCACAGAAAUACGUCCUGUGCCAGUACAACAUCCCUCGCUCUGAACUCGCCACUGCCUCCAGCAUCACCCCAGGAAAGCGUGCCCCGACCGUGACCGCCCUCGAGGCUGACGGCUGGGUAGCCGUCAGCUCGAUGGUCGAGAAGAAGAAGAUCGCCACCGUGAUGGACGAGCUGACCAAGGUCGGCGCGACAGACAUCCUAGUCCUGACCAUUGCCAACUCCCGGACGGGUUAGAGGAGGGUUUUUCAAAAUUUAUCAUGUCCUGUCAUGCCUUGUUUUUUCUUCGUUUCAUGUUGGCAUAAGGCGUGUUUCAUAUUAUACAAUUUCGGUUUUUUGUUUCUUUAAAAAGGGGUUCUAUCUAUUUCCUUUCUUUUGCUUAGAUAUCGGGACAGUUGUAUGAGAUGAAUAUAGACUAUGUGGUUACGGUUCCCAACGCAGAAGAUGAAA